UUCUGGGUGCUGAAUUUUCCCUCUGCAGGAAAGAAAUAAAGCGACACCAGGAGACCGAGGAGAUAAAGAGGAAAAUAAGAGAGGUGGAGGAGAAAGUGUCAUUACAGCAGCUUCGCGGGAAAACUGGAUUGACAAAAAAAAAAAAAAAAAAGGGAUCAAGAAGAAACUGAGCAAGUGGAGAGCGAUAGUUGCCAUAUAAUUUCUUGAGACCGUUCAUUUUAUUGGUUUGCUGCAAUUUAAAAGGAGGAGCCAUCAUGACGUCAGAAAUGCAGGAAAUCGCCAUCACAGAGGAAAAGCCUCUGCUUACGGGUCAGGGUGAUGCUGCCAAGGAUGCAGCUGAACUUGCUGCAAGGAUACUUCUGGACCAAGGACAGGAACACAGCGUUGAGACCCCGCAUGGUGUUCUACGUGUUACCCUGCAUGGGACACGGACCACCCGCAGGCCCGCCAUCCUAACCUUCCACGACGUUGGUCUGGACAGUAAGAGCUGCUUCUCUCCUCUCUUUAAAUUCGAGGAGAUGCAGGAGAUCGUGAAGAAUUUCACCCUGAUUCAUAUCGACGCUCCGGGACAAGAGGAGGGGGCCUCCGCCUACCCGCCAGGCUACCAGUAUCCCACCAUGGAGACCAUCGCAGAGAUGAUCCCUGCUGUGCUGCAGUUUUUCAACUUCCGUACCGUCAUUGGAGUGGGGGUGGGAGCAGGAGCGUACAUCCUCUCCAAGUUCACACUCGCUAAUCCAGAUUCAGUGGAGGGUCUGGUUCUGAUUAACAUCGACACUAACGCUAAAGGAUGGAUGGACUGGGCCGCUCACAAGCUGAGUUCGGUGACUUCCUCCCUCACAGAGCAGAUCCUGUGUCACCUUUUUAGUCAGGAGGAGCUGUCAUCGAACACAGACUUAGUGACGUCUCACAGAGAGCGCAUCUCCAAAGCGCCUAAUCUGGCCAACAUUGAGCUCUUCUGGAAAACGUACAACAGCCGCAGAGAUCUGAACCUGGAUCGCAACUACACCUUCAAGUGUCCAGUGAUGCUGGUGGUGGGUGAUCAGGCUCCAUACGAAGAGGCCGCUGUGGAGUGCAACAGCAAGCUGGACCCGACAUCCACUUCCUUCCUGAAGAUGGCCGAUGCAGGCGGCCUACCUCAGCUCACUCAGCCCGCUAAACUCACUGAGGCUUUCAAAUAUUUCAUCCAAGGCAUGGGCUACAUGGCUUCCUCUUGCAUGACCCGCCUGUCCCGCUCCCGCACCACCUCGCUCUCCUCCUCCUACUCCAUGGACGGGUCUCGCUCUCGCUCUCGCACCCUCUCCCAGGGCUCUCAGGGGGGCCAAAUGCCGCCCAGUCCCUCCCAAACCAUGGAGGUCUCCUGCUGAAGAAGAUCCCACAGGCCAGAGCGCAGAGCGAGCGAGAGCGGAGAGCGAAAGGAAAGGAAAGAAGGGAAAGGUGAAGCGUAACGCAAGGAACAAGACGAACGGCUUUCUCUAUUUGUCACUUAAUGACUCAAUCGUUCCCCACAAUAGCAGAGAGGUGGAAAGAGGGAGAGAAGCUGUCCUCCAUGUUGGUCCUACAGAAACGAGGUUUAGCAGGAAGGAGGUGACGAACAGGAAACAGUUCCUCUCUCCCUCUGUCAGCCUGUAGAUCCCUUUAACCUAGAUCCAGAGUGUGGCAUGUAGAAGCUGCACUCAUCACACUAACCAGUAGAAACACUUCAGGAAGAAGAAUGGAGGAUGAUGAUGAGACUGUUGAUGAUGCUGAAGCUGAUGAUGAUGUAAUAGAAAAAGCUGUAACACUUUUCUCUUUAUUACAUGAUUUUAAUAUGAUAUAGAAUAAAAAAACAUCCUAUAGCAGAGAUACUUACUACUAUAUGUGUGUCCACUACUUUAAGGAUAGUUU